AUGAUCAGAGGUAAAAUGACGUUGGAACGGAGUAGUCACGUAGGGUGCUAGUAUACCGCAGGGGAACGUAACGCUUGAUCCAAUCUUUCUUAGAAUUUAAUGUUUUUGUCAGUAACAGUAUGUGAUGUUUGGUCUUCUUAGAAAUAGAUUUUUGAAAAUGAAAAGUGGACAUUUUAGGAGCCAUGUUUGGGAUCCUAAACUACUUUGCUUACAAAUAGUGGCAAUGCAAAGCCAGUUUUACUUCAUGUUUGGGAUGUGGACUUACCUUAUGGACAUCAUAGGAAGAUUUGAUGCGUCAAUGGACCAGUUAUUUACACAGACUGAUCUUGACUUGCUUGAAGACUCGGGAAGAGUUCAAGUUAUUGCUUUUCUUUUGAAUAGCCUAACAAGUGCUGUAGCUUUAUGGUACAUUGUCCAAAGAGCGAAACUUUGUUUGGACUUUGCAGUGACAGCGCACUUCUUUCACUUCUUAGGCUGCUGGAUAUUUAAUCAUCACAUUCCACAGACUCUCCCUUGGUGGAUUUUGAAUGUGAUAGGAUGUGCUUUAAUGACCGUGUGCGGUGAAUUCUUGUGUAUGAGAACAGAAAUGAAGGCCAUUCCUCUAGCAAUGGCAGGGGCCAAAGUGGAUUUGUAAAUAUCAUUCAUAUCCACAAACGUUGUCCUUGUGCAUUCUGUAUGACAAAAAUGUUCAUAAUCAUGCUAUCAUUUGAACAAAAAAAAUUUUCAUCUUGAUCACCUAUAUUAUUUCAAGUCAAGUAAAUGAUAUUGACAUACCAUUUCUUGUUAUAGCUCUUGCAGUUAAGAAUGUAGAAGCUUGAUUGAUAGAUAUAAUCCAUCUAUUUUUCAAAGUUCUUUUAAACACCUAUUGUAAAGUAUGUAUGUUAACUUCAUGGUUUAUUUAUGUGCCCAGCACCUUCUAAACUAAUGAUGUUUAUGACUGUUGUUUAAGCAUACACCAUGUUCAGUUUUUCAUCUGUGCUUUUAAACAAUAUUAAACUGAGAAUAAAGACUUGAAAAAGCA